AUGAUUCACAGAUCACCGCUAGAGGAUCUCGACAUUCCCAAGUGCAAUGUUCUCGAUUACCUCUAUCCGAAAAAUGCGCCUGUCAGCAACGAUCCAAUCUGGUUCGAUGCGGCCAAAUUCGAUAUCAAUGUGUCGCCUCUGAAGAUGCUGUCGUGGAUCAAGAGACUGAUCAUGGGAUUGGAUAAGCUGGGACUACAAAAAGGAGACGUCUGCUUGAUACACACACCCAACCACGUGUUGGUACCGGCAGCGUAUCUGGGUAUCGUAGGUGGUGGCCGCUGCUUCAGCGCCAUUAACCCCAUCUACACCGUGGAAGAGAUCGUUCACCAGAUGAAGCUCACGAAUGCCAAAUGCCUCUUGUCACACCCCAGUCUUAUUGAGAGAGACCUCGAAGCAGCGAAAAAAGCCGGUACACUCAGCAAAGAUCAGAUCUUCCAGUUCAAUGACGACCCGGAGCCCUGCAAGGAGAAGCUUGGGGUGAAGGAUUGGAGGUACAUGAUUGCGAGUGAGAAAGAGGCAGAGAACUUCAGAUGGCGGGCGCUAGGUCGCGAGGAGUCGGAGAAAACGAUUGCUACAAUAAAUUUCAGCUCGGGCACGACGGGAAUGCCAAAGGGCGUCAUGAUAUCCCAUCAUGCACUCAUUGCGAAUGUCGCGCAAACAGCUAAGAUCCGAUGGCCAGACAAGGACUUCGACAGAGGCGACACAGUGGAAGACGAACGAUGGAUCGGUUUCCUCCCCCUCUACCACGCUUACGGCCAGAUGUACGCCAACCUCAUGUCUUGCAAGUUCCACGUCCCUAUCUACAUAAUGCGGCAAUUCGUUUAUACCGAUUACCUCAAAUGCAUACAGGAGGCUCGCAUCACAGAUCUGCAGGUGGCACCGCCUAUUCUGGUAAUGCUUGCAAAAAGGCCAGAAACGAAGAACUAUGAUCUCAGCAGCAUAAGGACAAUCCUCUCAGGGGGUGCACCACUCGGCAAAGAACUCCAAAACGAGGUAGCUCGAAGAUUCAAUUGCGAAGUUAAACAGGGCUGGGGAAUGACAGAGGUAACAUGCGGUUCAAUACUGCAGAUCGAGCCGAAGGACAACGGCACCAUUGGGAGACUGAUCCCGAACAACCAAAUGAAGCUGAUAGAUGACGACGACAAGGAAGUUGGCUUCGAUACCCCCGGUGAGAUGUUGAUCAAAGCCCCGAAUGUCAUGCUGGGAUACUGGAAGAACGAACAAGCUACCAAGGACACUUUCACUUCGGACGGCUGGCUGAAGACUGGUGAUGUAGCUGUGAUUAACAAGGAGGGAUACAUCUGGAUUGUAGAUCGCAAGAAGGAGCUCAUCAAAGUCAACGCCUUGCAGGUCGCCCCUGCGGAGCUCGAAGCCCAACUUCUAGAGAACGACGCAGUAGCCGAUGCCGCCGCUGUUGGAAUCACAGUGCACGACGAAGAAUACCCAAGGGCCUAUAUCGUUCUGACCGACGAAGCGAAGAAGGCAAAGGUAACCCCGAAGCAAAUCCAAGAUUGGUUCAAGCCUCGAGUUGCGAAGCACAAGGCUCUAGUAGGCGGCGUGAAAAUCGUAGACGAGAUUCCGAAACUACAAAGUGGCAAGAUUCAACGGAAGAUCCUCAGAGACUGGUCCAAGCGAGACGCAGCAGAGGUAGCAAAGACCUUCGAGCGCGCCAGGAUAUAG